AUGCCAAACAAUUCUGAAACUGGUGCGGAAGUUGCUUUUGUUGAAGACAUAACGGAAGCCAUUACGCAGCUGGCAAAAAAAGAUGAACAAUUGACGUAUCAAGCAGUACUGGAAUGCUUUUAUGAGCAUAUCAUCAACAACGUGAGUGAUCUAGAUGCGUUUGAGAAGUCAAAAGCAUCGUGGAUACGACGAAUAAAUCAAGUAGCAACCAUUUGUAAGGUUGAUUUAGUUCAUCAUCAGCCAACUUGGAAAACGGUUAAGGAAGUACUGCAAAAAAAAUUGUCUUCAUCUCCAGCAACAGAGCCUGCGUCAAGUAGUUUUAAAUCACCAUUGUCCUCUUCAAAAUCUUCAUCCCCGCUGAAGACAACAUUGAAUGAGAAGGAUAAGGUUGAAUUUGAAUGCAUGUUCGCCACUCUGGAUAAAAGCAAGUUCUGGAUACUAAAGGCAAGCAUUGAGGAAGCAAAGCAUAAUGAUUUGCCAAUCGAUUCUAUUGAAUCGGUUGAAGAAAAAGUUAUGAAAUUUGCAAUGAGUUGCAACUUCAAACAUCCAGGCCAUUCAUUUAUUGUUGAUCUCGACGACGGAAACUGGGACGAAGUGUUCUCUCCCGCAGAACUUGAAGAAAUGGAGGAAUAUGGUGCUCCCCUUCUGCCACCGAUCGAUUCGAAGGUUUCCGAAAAACUGGAUGAGUUGGCAAAGCUGAAAACUGCGAAAGAGGCAUACAAUUUUGCGUGCCGCCUUGACCAUGACCCUGAGGAAGAACCACUGAUGGCGUGGCUUAUGAUGUCGAUUUCGCAGACUGCGUAUCAGUUCUUGAAGAAGAACAACUUACAUAUAAGCAAUUACCUUGAAGCCGAUCAGCAGUAUUAUCUUUAG